GUUAUAGAGUGUUAUAUCUUACGCGCUUAAGGGCUUUCUCAGCUUUGAUUGGCUAGUACAGUGGCGGAGAGUUUGACUUAAAUUUGUCCUCGGCUUGGUUUAUCAUACAUUCUGUUUGUUGGCCUAUCGGUUGCUGGCGAUGUCAAGGAAUCCUUUAUUGCAGGUAGGCAAUGCGGGUGAAAGUACUGCUGACGUCAGUGGAAUUUUCGAUGAAAUUAUGCUGGGAAGGCGUUUCUUUAGUUGGGAGGAAUUUGAGAAUUCCUUAGGAGAAUUUCAACAAUUGUCCUGCACUCACUAUGUGCAUAUUCAAAGCAAAACAACAGGGGACGACAGAUAUAAGUACGCUUACGUUUAUUUUAAAUGCACUUUUGGCGUGAACCGUGGAAAAGCUGGCCUGAAAUUGCGAAACAAGUCGUCUAAAUGUUGCAACUGUCUGUCUGCAUUUCGCGUAAUUUUGCGUUAUAGUGAAUACGUGAUAACAUCCCACAAAAUGGUCCACAACCAUCCAUGCACCAGGGUGUAUAUGCAGAAUGAUCCAUGGUCUAGACGACUGUCAGCGGAAGAGAAAGAAAAUAUAGAACCACUUCUUCACCAAUCACACUCAUCAGAUGAAAUAAUUAUGCAUGUUAAGGAAACAUUCCACAAGGACAUAACUCUUAAUGACGUUAGAAAUCUGAAAGCUUCAGUUAAUAAAGGUAACGUUAAUGUAAAUGUAAACUACUUCAGGUAUAUCGAGCCGUUAUGACAUUUUUGAAUUCCUAAAGUCCCGUGGGAAGUUAUUG